AACGGUCUACAGAGCAUUGGGUCUGACGGGGGUGGGGACACGGGAGACUUUCAAGUAGGUGGGACUGCUCCUGAGCGCAGUCAGCGGAGAGGAGCCUGGCACCAUGGAGAAGCUGUUCCUGUUGGUUUUCGCUCUCACUCUGCUGGCUUUCUCCUCAGAAGCCUCUCCGAUUUUGACAGAAAAGCAAGCCAAACAGCUCCUGAGGUCCCGGCGACAGGACAGGCCCAGCAAACCUGGAUUCCCUGAUGAGCCCUUUCGGGAGUAUGUGCACCACCUGCUGGCCCUGGAGCACCGCGCUGAGGAGCAGUUUCUGGAACACUGGCUGAAUCCCCACUGCAAACCCCACUGCGACAGGAACAUUGUCCAUCCUGUGUAAAGGGGUCAGCUAGCAACCGUGUUGACAGGCAGUGACCUGGAGACUUCUGGGACAGAAAGAAGCUCUUCUUCCCUUUGACCCGAAGCUGUAGAAACAGUGUCUUCUGAGCCCAGGGACUUGUGGUUCUUUGUGGGCAGGCCAGAAGCUGCUUUUGGGAAAAAUGACAAAUAUAUAUUCUGCUCCAUUUUGCUAACGCACCUACAUAGUGAAUGUGGACAGCCUGAAUCACCGGGCUCCCGAAGGCCUUCCUGCUAGUUUGCAAGUGUAGGCAUAACACCAGUUCUCCCUAAGAGGGAUGGAUCUGGGGGU